GACAGCUCUGGAACUACUUCCGGGGCACACUGGUGACCUUGGUAGGUGAACCAUCAUGGCUGCCAUCGUCAGAUUGAGCUCUAUGUGCCGCAGAGGAGUAAAACCUCUGUUCUACCAAAGCCCCCUGCUCUCCAGACCAGUUGCAGCCCUACAGAGAGACCAUGAGCAGCAGCACCUGCCAACUGCCAGGAUUCAUUCUUCACAAGCUCUGCAUGGCUCUGACGCUAAAGCCGCUUCGCGUCACUGGACAGCAGAGCGAGUGCUGAGCGUGGUGCUGCUCGCCAUGGGCCCUGUAGCAUACUUUAGCCCUGGUCCUGUGGUGGACUACUCCCUGGCUGCUGCUCUAACUCUACAUGGACACUGGGGUCUGGGCCAGGUGUUAACUGACUAUGUUCACGGGGAAACAAAGGUUAAAAUAGCCAGCGCAGGUCUCUUCGUCCUGUCCACUGUCACCUUUGCUGGUCUGUGUUACUUCAACUACAACGAUGUGGGCAUCUGCAAAGCCGUCGCUCUGCUCUGGAGCAAAUAAAAGUGACUAUGGACUCAGAAGCAUGGGGGGCCUAAAUGUUUGGUGGGAAAUUCUUGUCCAGGCUAACUGUAAAAAAAUCAAGCUGUUCUUUGUAAACUCCUCCGUUUUGAUGAUAUUAAAAUGAUGUAUGUAUUGUUGUGAUCA